CAGUGAAGUAAAAGUUUUGCAAAACUUAAAAUACAUUUUUCCUUUGUAUCUUUAGACACAGCCAAAUUGUUAAAUUUUUUAUAAGCUUUAUGUCAAUGUUCCCUUUAAGCGUUUUAACAUUUAAGAGCAUAUAGUUGUUACUGAAGUUUCUGACUGGUAAGACCUCCCUAUCAGUACUACCGGUAAGAGAAUUUUCUCAAAGUAUUCCAUUUAUGUUUGCUAUCUCAUUCUGUAGCCCUGCUUGUAUGUUUACCAGGCUGGCCUUCAACUUUGGGUAGUUUUGCUUCUGCCUCUCAAGUUCUGGGAUUGUGGUAAAAGCAUUAUUUAUAAAAAGAAAAGUUAAAAUAAUUUGAUAUUUCUUUAGCUAUAUUUAUUUAUUUUGAUACAGGAUCUCACUUUGUAGAUCAGACUGGACUAGAACUCAGAGAUUUAGUAAAGAUAUUCAAACCCACCAUACUUGAACUUUAGCUAUGUUUUUGUUUUUGUCGUUUGAGGCAUGGUUUGGCCAUCUUUGGCUAUAUUUUUAACACUGGAAGCACCUAAGAACUAACUGGUGGAGUUGGUAGGCUGGACAAUGUGUUUGUAUGAAUAAAACAUUACCUUCAACUCAAGAAAGGAGGUAAUAGUGCCGUGCUUCUGAAAAUGCAGAAUAGAAAUAGUUUUCAUUCCUGGAAUAAUCAGAUUGCUUCAGGAUUUAUCAAAGUCAGUGACCCUACAGGGACCUCAUUAUAGAGGUAGGCACUCAGGAGGCAGAGGCAGGUGAUCUCUUGAGAGUUUGAAGUCAGCCGGUUCUAUGUAUGGAAGUCCACACCAGACAGAACUAAUUAAUGAGACUGUCUUUUUUUUUUUUUAAGCUAGAUUUGAUUUAUAUUAUGUGGAUUAGUGUUUUGCCUGUGCUCGUGGUGUGCACCAAAUCCAGAAGAGAGCAGUGGACACCCAGGAACUGAAGUUACAUAAGGUUUUGAGUGGUCUUGUGGGUGUUGGGAACAACUGAAUCUAGGUCUUCAAACAGUGCUUUUAACCCCAGAGCCAUCUCUCCAGCUCUGCCUAUAUAAAAAGACUAACUGGUUGUGAGUGCUUAUGAUUUAGGGUCUAAGGUAGGUCUUUAAAGUUAAGUUUUCACCAGAAAUAUAGCUCUCACUAUACACCACUGUUGGGUACUUGGUUGGCAUGAGCAAGGGCAGAGCUUCAGUCCCCAGUUCACACAUACACAGAUUUCUCUAGAAGACUGUUCAUACUGAAAGUUUUUUAUAGCUGAGAACAAUGGAAGACAAUCUAUCCUGAUUUUUUUUUUUAAUGAAGGUUUAUGUCCCUGUCAAGCCCAAAACUCACAUCAGAAUUUACAGCUUAUUAUUGAUAGGACUGUCUUAAAAUCAUUAAGAUACUAACGGAUACUGAAGGAGGCCACAGUUAACGAAGAGGGAGAAGAUGGUUUCCUGUGGAGUAUGUAACUUCUUAGGGUGGUUAAAGCACAACGGUUGCAGGCUAACCGCUGUAGAUUAAAGUAUUCAGAAGGAAGUCUGAGGACAAGCUGCUGCGAUGGUAAAAUUUCCUCACACGCCCUAUGAGACUUAGUACCACAGGAACAAAUUUGGUGAAAUUUCUGCUCAGAAAGGUCACAGGAUCGCAUGGCUAGAACUGAGCUUACCGAUGCGUUCUUUGCAAGCAGUGCUUAGAGCCGUGCUUUGGGAACAGAGUGCGUCUGGCUGGGACAUCCCUCGGCCCGCGCCGCACGAAGCGGCUCAGUCACGCAACCCGGACCUGCCCCACAGUGCUGCGGUGCCCUCCCGCCCGCACGACCACCGCUAACAAAACCCUCCCGGUUUCCGGCUGGUUUUGCCGUCCCAACUCAAACCCUGCAAAAAUAUGUGCGUUUCCUCCGCCGGGCGCCAGCACCCAUGCCGCCUUUUGCACAUCUCCGGUGGUGGUGACUGCGCGUGAGGAGCUCCCCGGCCGACGGCUCGAGGGCUGCUCCGACUCCCACGCGGCUCCAGGACUUCCGGCCCCCUCCACCCGCUCCGCUUCGCUCCCCAAGAACGCCACCCGCCGCCGCGCGCUCCGCUCCUCCGGGGAGCCCAGGGACGGGCGCGUCGGGGGCGGGGCACGGCGGUCACGCCGCCCGUCCCGUGCCUGCAGGAGUCACGUGUCCGCCCGGGUCACGUGCUCGCGCCGCAGCCAAUCGCGGAGAACGCUGUCCAGGAGCAAGGAGGCUGUGGUGAGAGACCGACCAAGACCGGAGAUGUUUUUAAGCCUGGCCCCGGCGGCAUCAGGGGCUGUUGCAGCGGCGACGGAGACACCGGCAGCGGCGGCCACCCGGAGGUCCUCGUUCAGGGGGUGAACCCUUCUGCGCCCGCUGAGCCUCGGAUCCAGGAUGAGAAGACUGUUAGAAGAAGCAGCUAGCUGAACAGCUAUAAAAUGCCCAAAUCUGGGUUCACAAAACCAGUUCAGAGUGAAAAUUCUGACAGUGACAGCAGUAUGGUGGAGAGGCCAUAUGGAAGAAAGAGUAAAGACAAGAUUGCAUCUUACAGCAAAACUUCAAAAAUUGACCGAGGUGAUAUGGGCAAGGAAAUGAGAGAGAAACCAUCCAUGAAACGAAAGCUGCCUUUUACAGUCAGCCCAUCGAGAAAUGAGGAGCGCGACUCAGACACAGAUUCAGACCCAGGACAUACAAGUGAAAAUUGGGGGGAGAGACUUAUAUCUUCUUACAGGACAUACUCAGAAAAAGAAGGUCCAGAGAAGAAGAAAACAAAAAAAGAAGCUGGAACUAAGAAGUCCACCCCAGUUAGCAUUCUUUUUGGUUAUCCACUUUCUGAACGAAAGCAGAUGGCACUCCUAAUGCAGAUGACAGCAAGGGACAACAGCCCAGAUUCCACACCAAGUCAUCCGUCACAGGCAACGCCAGCCCAGAAGAAAACGCCCAGCUCUUCAUCUCGACAGAAAGAUAAAAUUAAUAAAAGAAAUGAGCGUGGCGAAACUCCUUUACACAUGGCCGCUAUUCGAGGAGACGUGAAGCAAGUCAAAGAGUUAAUUAGUUUAGGGGCAAACGUCAAUGUGAAGGACUUUGCAGGUUGGACCCCUUUGCAUGAAGCUUGCAAUGUUGGCUAUUACGAUGUUGCUAAGAUACUGAUAGCAGCUGGCGCAGACGUUAACACACAAGGACUGGAUGAUGACACCCCGCUCCAUGACUCUGCCAGCAGUGGCCAUAGAGACAUAGUGAAGUUGUUGCUUCGUCAUGGCGGGAAUCCAUUCCAAGCUAAUAAACAUGGAGAACGGCCAGUGGAUGUGGCAGAGACAGAGGAGUUGGAGUUGCUGCUAAAAAGAGAGGUGCCUUUGUCUGGCGAUGAUGAAAGUUAUACAGAUUCAGAAGAGGCUCAGUCUGUAAAUCCUUCUAGUGUUGAUGAAAAUAUUGACUCAGAGACAGAGAAAGACUCUUUCGUCUGUGGCAGUAAAAUCCUCCCAAGCAAAGCCCCGCUGCCUUCUGCACUGGAUGAGUAUGAGUUCAAAGAUGAUGAUGAAGAAGAGAUAAGUAAGAUGAUUGACGACAGGCACAUUCUUAGGAAAGAACAGCGGAGAGAGAAUGAAUCUGAAGCAGAAAGGAGUGGUCUGUUUGCAAAACAGGAGAAAACCUUCUAUUCUAAGUCAUUUAAAACAAAAAAACAGAAGCCGUCAAGGGUUCUGUGCUCCAGUACUGAAAGCUCUGAUGAAGAGGGUCUUCAGAACAGAAAGAUUUCUACUGCUUGUUCUGUUGCUGAAUCAUCACAUCCUGAUAUGCAAGCCAAAAAAGAAUAUGAAUACAAACAGAAAGGCAAAGUUAAAAGAAAAUUAAAAAAUCAGAAUAAAAACAAAGAGAACCAAGAGCUGAAACAAGAAAAAGAGGGGAAAGAAAAUAGCAGGAUAGCAACCUUGACAGUUAAUACUGCGCUGGAUUGUUCAGAAAAAUACAGAGAGGAGGGGAACUUCAGGAAAUCUUUUAGCCCAAAGGAUGAUACUUCAUUACACUUAUUUCAUAUUUCCACUGGUAAAUCUCCCAAACAUUCCUGUGGAUUAAGUGAAAAACAGACACCACUGAAGCAAGAACACACGAAAGCAUGCAUAUCCCCAGGAAGUUCUGAAAUGUCAUUACAGCCUGAUCUCACUCGGUAUGAUAAUGCAGAACCUGAAAGUUCAAAUGUCAAAUCUUAUAAGCACAAGGAAAAAAACAAACAGCAGAAAGAUUUUCACAUAGAGUUUGGUGAAAAAUCAAAUGCCAAAAUUAAAGAUGAAGAUCAUAAUCCAGCAUUUGAAAACUCAGACUGCACACUGAAGAAGAUGGAUAAAGAGGGUAAAACAUUAAAAAAACAUAAAUUAAAACAUAAAGAGAAGGAUAAAGAAAAGCACAAAAAGGAAGUUGAAGGUGAAAAGGAAAAAUAUAAAAAUAAAGACAAUGCUAAAGAGCUACAGAGGAGCAUCGAAUUUGACAGAGAGUUUUGGAAAGAAAAUUUUUUUAAAAGUGAUGAAACUGAGGAUCUCUUUUUAACUAUGGAACAUGAGUCCAUAAUAGAAAAAAAGACAAAAAUGGAAAAAAACAUGAAAGAUGAUAGGUCAGCUAAAGAAAAGCAUGUCUCAAAAGAAAGGAACUUUAAAGAAGAACGGGAAAAGACUAAAAAGGAAAAUGAAAAAUCUCUUAGGGAAGAAAAGGUAAAAGAUCCGAAAGAAGAAAAAGACAGUGUAUCCACAGAGAAGGAGGCCGAGUGCUGUUCGGUGGGUGUCAGUGUGAGCCAGGAAGCUGCAGGGCUGCAUUCAUCAGAAAAGGAAAUGGAUGCUGAGAAGCAAGAAAGACACACAAAAGAGAGGGAAAAGUCUGAUCGGCGCUUUCAGACUAAGGAGAAAGAGCUUGACAGGAACGAGAGGAAAUUUUCUGAAAAAGAAAAGAAGAUAAAACAUGAACAUAAGUCAGAAAGAGAGAAGCUGGAUUUCAGUGACUGCACUGACAGAGUGAGAGAGAAGGACAAGCUGUACUCACACCAGACAGAAAGGUGCCACAAGGACAGCGAGAAGCUGAAAAACACUGUCAGAAAGACUGAUGACAGAGAGAGGAACAGAGAAAAGGCGGAUAGAAAGCACGACAGAGAGAAACCUGAACGAGAGAGGUACUUAGCAGAAAACAAAGAAAAGCACUUAGAGAAAAGAAAGCAAUCUGACAGCAGUGAGUAUUCCAAAUCAGAGAAGGUCAGAACUAAAGACAGAGACAGGGAAGGAGAGAAGAAGGAGAAACUUAGAGAUAAAGAAAGUGUAAAUGUAACUAACUUGAAACAUUUGCAGGAAGAGAGAAAGUCCAGUACAGGAGACAGCAGUGGUAAAACCCAGCAUGAGAAAGCUCUGUCCCUUAAAGAAAGGGCAAGAGAUGAGCCUUUGAAAACUCCAGAUGGAAAAGAGAAAGAUAAAAAGGAUAUAGACAGAUACAAAGAGCGAGACAAGCGUAAAGAUAAAGCCCAGCUAAAUACUUUAAUCAGACUAAAAUCUGAAACAGAGAAGCUUAAACCUAAAUUAUCACCAGCAUCAAAAGAUACUCGACCUAAAGAAAAGAGGUUAGUAAAUGAUGAUUUAAUGCAGACAAGUUUUGAACGAAUGCUUAGCCUUAAAGACCUAGAAAUAGAACAGUGGCACAGAAAACAUAAGGAAAAAAUUAAGCAAAAGGAAAAAGAACGAUUACGCAAUCGUACUUGUUUAGAACUUAAAGUAAAAGAUAAAGAAAAAACAAAACAUGCACCCACAGAAUCCAAAAGUAAAGAACUUACCAGGUCAAGAAGUUCAGAGUUGACUGAUGUUUAUAGCAAGGAGAAACAAUCUAAAGAUGUUGGCAGUAAUCGCUCACAAUCUGUUGACAACAGAAAUGUAUUGAAUUUAGGAAAGCCAUCCUACAUUUCAGAGAGUGGCUCCAACCGGUCUCCUAGGUCGGAAGGUGAGAGGCUGGGUCUUAGCUCUAGGUCUGUGUCCAUGCUUUCUGUUGCUAGUUCAGAAGACUCUUGCCAUACAGUGACAACCCCAAGGCCUCUCGUUGAGUAUGACUCUGACUUUAUGUUAGAGGGCUCGGAAUCUCAGUUGUCAUUUUCUCAGUCACCUUUUUUGCCAAAUGCCAAAUCUCCAGCUCUUUAUGAAAGAGAGCUGGAGGGUCUCACUGAACUACCAGACCGACUUAAACCACCAUAUACAAACAGACUUCCAGUGUGCCAUCUCAGGUCAUCUUCUGUGGAAGAUGUUAAACUAAUUACUAAUGAGGUAAGACCUGCUGUAGAAAUUAGAAGAUGCAGUAUGCCCUCAGUUAUCUGUGAGCCCAUAAAACAUUUCCAAGUAUCAGAAGAAAGCAGUCAAGGCAACUUAGCUGUUCCCAGAGAGACCUGUCUGUCUCCCAAGCCUGAAGUGUCUUCAGCAGUACCUGAGAGGGGCCUUUCGCAUGUGUCUGACUUACAUCCUAACUGUACAGGCUCUCCAACGAGGUCUGCAAACAGCAGCUAUAUUUCAUCUGAUGUAAAUGUAAUCAAGAGUGCAACUCUUGUGGGUACACUGAUUGACAGUUCGAUGCAUUUGGAACCGUCUAAUCAGGUUGGAGUGAUUCCAAGUAAAUCAUGGGAGACGCCUGUUGAUAAACUGGAGUCUUUAAGCACCAAUGACUUCAUCUGUCCAGAUUCUAAUAUAUCUGAUCAAGAUUCCUCUGCUCAGAGUUUUUAUAAUUCAGAAAACAAAAUGUUAAGAGAACAAAAUACUGACUGCUUACCUCCGCACCAGCCUGAACUGCCAGGAAACUCAUGUGCUCAGGACCCAGCAUCCUUUCUGUCUUCACCUCAGCCCUGCUCUUUUUCCAACCAACCACUGGCAGGUGCUGACUCUGUUCCGAAACCCGUGUCUUUGUCAUAUGUUGUCAGUCAAGAGCCAGGUGUUUUACAACAGAAAAGUGCAGCUCAGAUGGCCAGUUCUGUUUUAGAUAGUGAUAAUAACUUUCCAGAGGAUGUGGAAAAUACAUUUGUCUUAGCAGACAUUCAGAAGACAAAUUCUUUUUUACCAGCUUACUCUGAAAGCACUGUGCAAGAAGCACUCCCAAGCUUUGAGAAGGCCAAUACUUUGCUUGUGUUGCCAUCAGAAAAGGACUUCAAUGGGAGUGAUACUGCUCAGCCAAACACACAUUAUGCAUUUAGCAAACUCACAUACAAGUCUUCCAAUAGCCAGGAAAUUGAGAAGGGCCCAGAUGAUACUCAAAUCAUUUCACAUGAAAAGGAAAACAAAUUACAAAGUUUGGUCUUAACUCAGUUGAGUAAAUGUGAUUCUGAUUUGUAUGAGAUGAAUGCAGGGCUGCCAAAAGGAAACCUGAAUGAACAGGAUAACCCAAAGCAUGGUCUUGACAGCGAAAAGUACUCGCUUUCCACUGAAGAUGAAGAAUCUCAGCAGAGCACCUUAUCAAGUGUGGAAAACCAUUCACAGCAGUCGGCCCAACCAGAGAUGCAUAAAUAUGACCAGCUUAGUAAAGUAGAACUAGAAGAAAAUGCCGAAGACGAUAAAACUGAAAACCAGACCCCUCAAAGAGUGACUAGAAACAAAGCAAGCACAGUGGUCAAUCCAAGCAAGCCCAUGCUUGCUGGCUGUGCCCUUGUAGCAGAGAAAGAUAACGAGUCCUCCCCUAGGGGACGAAUCAGACUCACUGAAGAGGAUGAUCCUCAGAUCCACCAUCCUCGGAAGAGGAAAGUGUCACGGGUUCCUCAGCCUGUGCAAGUGAGCCCCUCUUUACUGCAAGCAAAGGAGAAAACUCAGCAGUCUCUAGCAGCCAUUGUAGAUUCUCUGAAGUUAGAUGAGAUUGAGCCAUACAGUUCUGAGAGAGCAAAUCCAUAUUUUGAAUAUUUGCACAUAAGAAAAAAAAUUGAAGAAAAACGCAAGUUGCUAUGUAGCGUUAUCCCUCAAGCUCCUCAGUAUUAUGAUGAAUACGUAACGUUUAAUGGAUCCUAUCUCCUGGAUGGAAACCCCUUAAGCAAGAUUUGUAUUCCUACAAGAAGGGAGAGAAUCUCGGUUGAUUUUCUCAGCUCAUCAACCUUAAGGUCACCUUCACUGCCAUGCUUGUGCCAAAGGAUCACACCACCACCUUCGCUGUCAGAUCCACUUAAAGAGCUCUUUCGGCAACAGGAAGUAGUAAGGAUGAAACUGCGUUUGCAACAUAGUAUUGAAAGGGAAAAACUUAUUGUAUCCAAUGAACAAGAAGUUCUGCGAGUUCAUUACAGAGCUGCAAGAACACUGGCCAAUCAAACACUGCCAUUUAGUGCUUGUACUGUCUUACUGGAUGCAGAAGUGUACAAUGUGCCCUUGGACUCACAGUCUGAUGACAGCAAAACUUCUGUGAGAGAUCGAUUUAAUGCAAGACAGUUCAUGUCCUGGUUGCAAGAUGUGGACGAUAAAUUUGACAAGCUAAAGACCUGUCUCUUAAUGAGGCAGCAACACGAAGCUGCAGCUUUAAAUGCCGUCCAGAGGCUAGAAUGGCAGCUCAAACUCCAGGAGCUGGACCCUGCCACGUAUAAGUCUCUCAGUAUUUAUGAAAUCCAGGAGUUUUAUGUUCCCCUUGUUGAUGUUAAUGAUGAUUUUGAACUGACUCCUAUAUAGCAGUAAGUACUUGUGUUGGUAUCAUCUUAAACUAACCGUAUCUAGACAUCAUACUGUGGAAUACUGCCUUUUAAGAAAAACCCUGAUACACGCCUUUACAGUUGUUAGUGAAGUUAACUAAAGUUGGAUAUGUAGUGAACACUGUCAUUUUAUAAAAAUAAAAAUAUUUUGGAUCUUUGAUCCAAAUACAGUUUCUAACAGAAAACUAUUAUUUAUAUUGAUCAGAGGUAACUAUUGCAUUAGAACAAACUGAACAGACCUUUAAAAAGUUGAGAAAAAUCUGUUAACAACGCUGGAAGUUGUUAGCACUCCAAGUAGCAAGAUACAGGUGACCAGUACUCAGCUGUCUUGUGGGCUGCAUUGCACACACACGAGAGAGUGCAAGAGUCAGUUCCUGCCAAAUAGGCUCUGACACAGAAGGAAACCUCCGCACAAAAUUCUUCAGUUUAUUUUAUCUGUCAAUUAAUUGUACAGUUUUCUUUCUGAAAGGUUUAAUAUUGUCUUCCUUUUUAAUAACUUAUUUUAUACAUAUUGUAUAUCUUGUAAUUAAUGGUCAAAUGUAUACAAGGAACUGAUCAAAAUGUGUACAAAGAUAAUUGUAAACCUGUUUGUUCUGUUGGACCAAAGUUGUAGUUUUUGAAGUGUAAUAGCAGUGAGUUCUGAUAGUAAACCUUUAAAUAAGGUAUGCAUGUGUUUGAGUUAGCUUGUGUCCAUCCCAUAACUGUAAAGAUGGUGGCUUGGUUGUAUUGCAUGCUUUCUAUAAUUUGGUUCUUUCCAUUACUGAUGCCUGAGACAGUGUGAGACUUGUUACACUAGUGUCCUGUGAGAGCCUGGAGCUCUGUGUGUGCUGGACACCUUGCUUAGAGGCAGUCAUGCGGAGAGGCUCACGCUCCCGCCUCCUCUCGCUGGAGGAAGCCUGUUUCCCCCAAACAACAACAACAACAACAAAUGCCUUUGAAUGGAAAUUCUGAAAUUGUAAAUGUCUAUUUUAAUACUCAACUAUGAAAGAAUUUGUGAAUAUAUGUAAAUAUGUUUAAUAAAUUUUUUUGGUCAUGUUAAAUCAUUGUAAACUUUUUUACAUUGCUUAAAUUUAAUCUUUUAAGCUUAAUAUCCUUUGCACUUCUAAAAUAAAAAUGGAAUACUGAAGUCAAGUGAGAUACUUGGUCGUCAGAAGAAGAAAAAGUCUAGGGAUAUUCCAGUCCCUGAAAUAGUCAUGACAUUUUUAUUAAUAUAUUUUCUUUUUUCCUUGUAUCAAAAUGCAAAAUGUAUAAUUUGCAAAAUUUUGUAAUUGAAAUAAGAUUUGGUAUGCUUUUAUAGUAAAAUAAUGAGCAAUACAUUUAGAACACUUUCUCCCAUGAUCUGACAUAGAUUAGAUAUUCAGGAAAACUGGGGGCAUAAACCUAACUGAACUUGUGAAACAUUUGGGAUGGAAAAUUAGGUCUAAAAUCAUCAUAGGCAAACCUGCCACAAUGUGGAAUUGAAUUGGGAGACAAUUCAAUUAUACUGGAUAAUUCCAGUUUUGAUAAGGAACGGUGAAAAGAAUAUAUGAAUAUAUGUUAAAUACUUUAAAUUCAGCUCACAAGUGGGAGGUUCCAGCUAGUAAAAGAAAAUAAUAGGUUUUUUUAGUGCAAAGGUACAUAUUAAGCUUAGGGAUUUUUGAAUUUUUACAUCAAUUUAUAUUUUUAUUCUUACUGUACUGGCAUGCGCAAUAAAGCAGCAGUGUGAAGAACACUCAUACAGGAUUUGAUAAAGGUCAGAUGUCAUUUUCCUUAGAACGUUAGAUGAAAGAUUGUGGCCUUUCAUUGCAUGGGGCCAGAAAGGCAGGGUAGACUUUGAAGCACUGGUUUUUUGUUGUUUGUUUUUGUUUUUGUGAAGUUAUGUUUAUUAAGGCUGGGAACAUUAGAAGCUAAUUGAUAAAAGCAAUACUUUUUAAUACAAAACCAACUUAAUGCAAAGUUUGUUUAUACUUUCGCCUAGAAAGAAAAUUUGAUGAGCUCGUGUGGCAGAUUACAAAAAUUAAAAAAGAUUAAAUGUUCAAGCAAGCAAGAGAAAAGGAAAUCUGUAGAGCAUUUGGUUCUGAUGGUCCCGCCAGGGACCAGUCGAGGAAGUAGUACUGACUGAACAGAGCAAACUGUUGACAAAGGAAAAAGGAAAGGACAGGACAAAGCAGCCACACGUAAGCAGGGAGCCGCAGGUGCCGCCCUCAGCCCAGCUUUCCAGUCCCACCACAGUGCUCCCACCGCAGUGCUCACCCUCUUCCGCGGUGGCUCAGCCAGCUGCAGCCUCUGCCUGGACUCUGUACUACGCAUUUCCUCUGCACGCCAUCGGGAUAGCUAAGUUACUGCACUUCAUAGGGAUGUGUGAGUUACACACAGUUAAGGACUCUUGAUGUUAGAGACUUUGGGAAGGUCUGAAAUAGGAGAAAACUUGCAAUGGAGUAUUUACCUAAAAGGUUUCAAUUCUCAAAAGAAAAGUGAGGAUGCCUAACGCAAUCAGUGAAUCUUUUUAAACUAUUCCAACAUCAUGAACAAGAUAUUAAAUUGUACCUAAGGAUUUGUAUUUCUUUAAGUCUUGUUCUAAAUCAUAUCUGUUUAAUAAAUGACUAGUUAAUAUUUGUGCAUGUUAUUUAAUAAAGAGUUAUAUUUUUAUAGAAAACGUAAGAGUGAAAGUGUGCUCCGUGUCUUUUACUUAAUGUCCCACUCCUGUAUAAUUCCGUGACACACCAAUGUCUACUUGGGCCUCCAGCAAGAUUGCAGAGAUACUCACUGUAUGAAAACAGUGCCGGUCACAUGGUCCGAGUUAAGAGGGGUCUCAAAGAUGACAUGUGAGUAGGAGACAUGCUGCACAAUGCCCAAAGCCCCAUGAACCUCUGGCACUUGAAAUUCUACUGAUCUAAGAAAUGGAGUGCACACUAAGAUAAUUUCCUUUUCUUCCUCAGAAAGUGAGCUAUGUCUUUGAUUCUACCUCUACUGCUCUCGCAUAUAAACUCCCAAAAUUUUCAGAAAGGCUAUCGACUCGUUAAGGAAACACGUCACCAUUAAAAAAAAAUUGUUUAACCAGGCAGGCAUUUCAUGCCUGUAAUCCCAGCAUUUGGGAAACUGAGGCAGGAGGAUUGCCAUGAGUUCAAUGUCCGAUUGAACCCCAUCUCUAAACAACUAUAUCAGUAAAUUUUUCCAACAGUUAAGGCAAGAAGUGAAAAAAAAAAUCUUUGGAGAUACGUGUAAUGUUUAAUGUUUAAUUUUUUUGUUUGUUUUGUCUUGUUAUUUGAAACAGGGUCUCACUAGGUAGACUUAACUGGCCUGAUACUUGGUAUGUAGACCAAACUAACCUCAAACUCAGAAAUCCGCCUCCGUCUGCAUCUCAAGUCCUGGGAUUGAAGGUGUGCUUCCCCACACACACCCAGCUAAAAUUUUCUGUAAUUCAUUAACUUAUUGUUGGCUUCUUGGAAGUCUUCUCUGUGCUUAGGGUGGGUCUUAAAGACCCCCAGAAACAGUCGCCAGGAUUUAUCCAAUCAUGAAAAAUAAGAUUCAUAAAAGAAACUGAGCCAGAUAAAGUGACCAAUUCCAUUCACUGGAGCUGCUCUUAGUCUAGGAAAUGAAAAGUAUUAUUACAAAAGUAGGAAGAAGUAUAUCUAGAAGAUCGGCCAGGUUUCCUGUGAGUGAGUGUGCACAGCCUCGGUAGUGAUACAAUUCGAGAUCAUGAGACAUACUUCUGUCAAAGGAAAUAAUGCGAAGGGUUUUUUUUGUUUUUUUUUUUUUUUUGCCUAAAAAAAUAGACAGUCUUUGCUCACAUGGGGAAUUCAGUGUUACUCCACGCAAACCGAAGAAAUGGCAAGCACAUUUGUUUUUCAAAAUACAUUUUUUAAAAGUGGUUACUAUAACCAAAUCUUCAACUAGUGCUAGAUAAAAAGCCUUUAUGUAGCUAAUUUUCCCCUCACUUCUUAGAAUAAUGUUGCAUAUGUAGGAUAGGCUCACAGGUGAAAAAGCACUUGUAAUCCCACAUUCAGCUCAACAUUUGUCAGUACUUUUUUUUAAAAAAAAAGUGGUUAUGAUUUAGAUAUAAUUUUUUAAACAAUGCAGAUCUAAGCAGUUUGAUAACUCCUUGUUACAAGUACCCAAAUCCAUACAAAAAGUCACCCCAGAAAGUCUCUCAUGCUUCUGUCCGUGCUGUCUCCCCCCAAGAGGCAACCAGUGAGCGCCUUGCCUUCGCACACCGUGUGUUCACUCAACCUAGUCUCAAACGUCGUGAAAAUAAACUCAUGUAGUAUAUACCUUGUGUCUCCCUUCCUCCUCAAGCGGAUUUUGGAAUUGAUAUGUGUUUCGUAUAUCAGUAACAAGUAGUAAUUUUUAAUAAGUAGUAUGCUGUACAAAUGUGUUCUCUUGUUCUUAGUGUUUGGAUUGUUUACAGCCUGGGGUAUUGUGAAUAAACCUAUGGACAUGGAAACUUUAA